CAAAUACGUGUUGAUCUCCACGUGAGGCAACGCAGAGGUGACGUUCCACUUGAGAAUCGCAACGUGGGAUCAUCCUCUCAUCCUCGUUGCUCCCCGAAGGUCGAACAGGGACAGAUCACGUCUCGGAACGUCGCGAUCGACCAAGUGGAACAUGUCGAACGCGGAGUUUUGUAAUCGUCUCUCUCUCUCUCUCUCUCGCAAUCGCUUCGCCUUGGGAGUCGCGAUGCGAUGACGUGAUUCGUGAAAGUGGGUGUGUCCUGUCGGCGGCGACUCUGUCCAACUUCAGUGUUAACCGGCAUUCGUGCGGAUCGGAAUCGUUCUACCUCUGUUGAUCAGCGCGAAUUUUUCCACCGAUCUUAUUAAAGGGCUAAAUUUUAGGGAGUGUUCUUCCUUAAAACGCGAUCUUGUCACAUCGUCCCUUAUCUCGAGAGGAAUUUUCUGUCAAUUACUACAUCGAGGAAAAGGAAGAGACAAUGUCGCAACAACAAUAUUAUCCCUUCAAGUGCACCCCGACUGUUUAUCCUGCCGAGCCGUUCGACGCGAACGCGGACGCUGCUAUCCUGCGUAAAGCGAUGAAAGGCUUUGGUACGGACGAGAAGGCGAUCAUUGAUGUGCUCACGAAGAGAGGCAUAGUGCAGAGACUGGAGAUCGCAGAGGCAUUUAAGACUCUCUACGGGAAGGAUCUAAUCAGCGAUCUGAAGAGCGAGCUAACUGGGAAACUGGAGGAUGUCGUUGUUGCCCUUAUGACCCCAUUGCCGCAUUACUAUGCCAAAGAGUUGCACGACGCGGUGAGCGGGAUGGGUACCGACGAGGAAGCGAUCGUCGAAAUACUGUGUACUCUCAGUAACUACGGCAUCCGUACGAUCGCUGCGUUUUACGAGAAUUUGUAUGGCAAAACGCUUGAGAGCGAUCUCAAGGGCGACACGUCCGGCCAUUUCAAAAGGUUACUGGUGUCUCUCAUACAGGCAAACAGGGAUGAAAAUCAAGGAAUCGAUCAAGUCCAAGCUGCCGCUGAUGCUCAAGCGUUAUUUGAUGCUGGUGAAAAACAAUGGGGUACAGAUGAAUCGCAAUUUAAUGCGAUUUUAGUAUCGCGCAGCUAUCAGCAACUGCGACAAACGUUUAUCGAGUAUGAGAAAGUAUCUGGACAUGACAUAGAAGUUGCUAUAAAGAAGGAAUUUUCUGGCAACAUCGAGAAAGGUCUACUUGGAAUAGUAAAAUGUGUGAAGUCAAAGGUCGGAUUCUUUGCUGAGCGUCUGUACGCUAGUAUGCACGGCAUAGGCACAAAGGAUCGAACGCUGAUCCGUAUAAUUGUAUCUCGAAGCGAAAUCGACUUGGGAGAUAUUAAAAAGGCAUUCGAGGAACGUUAUGGAAAGUCACUGGAAAGUUGGAUAGCUGGAGACACUUCCGGAGACUACAAAAAGGCACUUCUUUCUCUGGUUUCCACAUAAUUCUGACAACACAAUUAAGACUUACACACUUUGUCCUAUUUAUGCACAGUAAUUGUAUCUAUAAAAAAGCGAAUUUAUAAAUAUACUUGCACAAAUUCCAGCUUAAUAUUGCUUAGUGUACUAAUAAGAAAUUAGAGAAAGUAUGGCAUUUUCAAAUAUUACUGUUGUAAUAUUUACUUGUUUAUGUGUGCAUAAAAUCUCUACUGUAUUAUAUAUAUAAAUCAAAAAAAUGUUUUGAAUA